AUGGAAUAUCGAGAAUACACCAUCCCGAAAGAGGUCGAAGAGUCCGAUAAGAGACAGCGCGAGGACCCGAACUACAAGCGCCCCCGCAAGCUCCCGCCUCGCAUCGUCUUCAGAAGCGUUGUCGCGAAGGCUCAGCAAGAGAUGGCGGCCGCCAGAGGUGUUCCGCUGCAGCAAAACACCCGCCACGCGCUCACGAGGAAAGACAAAUCGUACACCGCGCUGCGCAUCACACGCGCCAAGAGGGUCGAAUUCAAGGAAGACGUCGCCAACGACAACGGCGUCCAAGCCAUGGCCAUCGACAACGACGAGCCCGCCAACCCCGCGACCUCGGCCAUGGACAUCGACGACGAGGACGACGACGACACUCCCACCAACCACUCCCGCUCGUCCAGCGUCUCCUCCACCGACACCAUCCCCCUCACCAUCCGCGCCACCGCCCGUACCCUCCCGCCGACCACGCCCCUCCCCACCCGCCCCUCCCUCAUCGCCCCCACCCUCUCCCUCCCCACCACAGCCCCCGCGCCUAUGCCGACGUACGACGAAUCCGACCGCCUAGGCCGGCGUUUCGACAGCUGGACCUAUACCGAAGCCAUGGCCACCACGUCACUCAUCCAACACGCCUUCCACGAACUCCCGUAUGGUGCGGGCGGCUACGGCCCGCCGCUGGCGCUGCGGAUGGUCGACAAGUUCGCGCUGGUGGCCGAGAUGCUCGAGGCGGUGUACGGGAUCAAGAAGACGGGGCAUGCGGUUAAGAAUUGGUGGGAGAGGGAUGGGCGCGAGCUGACGGGGAUGGGGGAUGAGAAGAAGGUCAGGCCGGAGGGGGUGCCGGAGGGGGUGGAGCCGGCGAGGGUGGGGAGGGGGAUUGCUGCGGGCAAGAAGAGGGAGGAUUGA